CGUCGGCGCGCGCUUUGCCACAGUCGCCGGAAUCUGCCAGCGAAGGUGGCUGGCUACUUCGUGCGUUCGUGACGACGUGGCCUGCGGCAGCAGGUGUUGCUUGGACACUGGUCAGCCGAGGUCCUGCAUUUCUACUCCCACGGAAGGAGAAUCAGCAACCACCCGGAACUCCAUGGCUACUACCCCAGGGGUGGAGGCGGUGGAUCCGGAGGAGGCACCACAAGGGCCAUCAGACAACCGAAGCGGAGAUACCGCCGCCAGCUACUGUAGCACCGAUAGCGGCCGCGCCCGAUCAUGCGAACCGGGCGAGAAUGACGGCACUUCGAGAAGCUGUAGCGACGCCGGUGAUGUAGUCUCGAAAGCUGCCAGCACUAGCUACAGCUCCCCGAGCGUCAGCGCUGGAAGAGGCAGCGCCAUGGACGUUGCCGGCGCUAGCGGCAGCAGCGUCGGGAGUUGCGAGAAUGGUGGUACCGGAGACAACGCAACUGGUGCCGGUGCGAGCUGCGCCACUGAAGUUGCUGCUGUAGGCGGUGGUACGAAGACGGGAGGCGCCGGAAGUUCCGACACUGGUAACGCCGACGUUGGUGGCGCUGCCGCCUACGGUAACGGUAGCGCCGAAGACGUUGCUGGUGCAAGUUGCGAGUGUGGAGCCGGAAGCGUUGAAAGAUGCGUCAGCAAAGACGGUGGUACCGGAGAAGCAGACGCUGGUGUUGGUGCGAGCAGCCCUACUCGAGUUGUCAGAGUCGACGGUACUGGAGGUGGUGGUACGGAGACGGAAGCCACCAGAAGUUCGACCACUGGGAAUGCGGAGAUUGGUAGCGUUACCAGUGACCAGGCUGCUGCUACUGGCGCUGGUGGCGGGAACGGCAUCGCCCGGAGGACUGGCGCGACCCGCGUUGAGCCCGCAGCGGUUCCGUCGUCGGUGCACUAUGGCAUCUACGUGAACAACAUACCGCUGGACGUCGAGGAGGACCAGCUGAGGGCGCUCUUCGAGCCUUACGGAGAGGUGCUUCGGCUGAAGCUGGUCAAGCGGCCGGAGUACACCACCUUCGUGUUCGCGUACGUGCUGCUCGAUUCGGACGACAACACCAAGCGCGCCAUCCAGGAGCUGGACGGCACCGUGCUCAACGGGCAGCCCCUCAAGAUGGAGCCCACGUUCGGCCGCACCACGCACAUCUUCGGCAUCGGCGAAGGCACGCCGUACAACCGCAGUCGCGCAGCGCUCGAGCAGUGGAGACAGAAGCGAGAUGCCCAGCAAGGAAACGGAAAUCGCGGCAGACAGCCGCGUAACGACGAUCACUGGCGAAGGGGCUACAACGACCGUAGCAACUACGGAGACCGGAGGUUCGGCGACCGGAACUACGGGGAUCACCGCUACGGCGACCGCUUCAACAACAACGACCGUCGAUACGGUGGCGGCAACCGUUUCGACAACGGUAGCGGAAACCGUUUCAGCGGCGGCAACGACCGCUACGGCGGCUACCGCCACAACAACAACAAUAACCAAGGUCGGUACAACAACCGUUACGACAACGACGGCUACCGGGGUUUCUCCAGAUACCAGCGCAAUGGGUUCCAGGGAGACGGAGGCAGAUACCAGCGCGACGGGUUCCGCAGAGACGGUGGCGGCGGCGGCCACUGGCAGCACGGUUAUCGCUCAUCCGGAGGGCCUAACCAGGCAGGCUACAGGUCGUCGGAUGACGGGCAAAGGCACCAGUACGGCCGCUACCAGGACCGCUACGGCGACUUCGCCGGUCGCCGCGGUGGAGGCUGUAACGACGGUGGCUGCGGGCUCGGUGGCAACCAUGGCGGCGAUGACGACGGCUUCGCCAGCAACUACGAACGCUGCCUGGAGGCGAUGCGCAAGAUGCGCGACGCGUGGACCAGGCGUUUGGAACGCCUGGCCGCCGAGGGAGAUGACGGGGAAGAAUGGCCAACGUUCGACGAGCUCCUGGAGUUGGUCAGGCACACGCCUUACAACAUUCCGAUGCGCGCCGACGACGUCGACGAUGAGAACGAAGAGGACGCCGGGCAGCCCGUCUUUUGGUGGGCCCACAACUCCAUCACAGGGGGCGGUGGAGAUGACUUCGGGCCGCAGCAAGCGCCGCGCACCGUUCUCGAGCUGCUGCGCUGGCGGCACGGAGAGGACGCGGUCGCGCAGGUCUUUAGCAACGCGGACGGGGAAGAGAGCGAGGAGGACGGAGGCGUUUGCCUGAUCGUAGACGGUGGCGCCGACGGGGAGCAGGGUCCCCGAAGCCCGCCACACGAAGACAGCUCGUCCGCUGUCCCGGAGGAGCUCGACAGCGGAUACCGGGACGUUGUGGGGGCCGCCGUUGACGUUGCCGGAGAAGGAGUCGCAGAGAGCAGCAAGCGCGACGAAGAAGCGCGCUUGACACAAAGUGACUGGCCGCUUUCUAUCCAACAGCACGUAAGCGAAGAGCGACAGCCUAGGGCUGGCGAUGAUUCGGAAAGCAAGCUCGCCGAAGGAGAGAAGGCCGGCGAAAUGAGCGUCUCUUGCGAGGAGGAAAACAUCGAGCAUAGUGCGGCGACUUCCACUUCUGAAGAAAGAGACGCGGAGGGCGGCAAGCGCGACGAAGACGCGGGCUUGACUCAAGGUGACUCUGUUGAACACGCAGGUGAAGAGCGACAGCCGAGGGGUGGCGAUGAUUCGGAAAGUAAACUCGCCGAAGGAAAGAAGGCCGGCGAAAUGAGCGUCUCUUGCGAGGAGGAAAACAAUGAGCAUAGUGCGGCCACUUCCAGCCAGGGAAGUGUCGCGGGGGACGGAGACGUUUCGGAAAACACGUCCGUCGGGUCCUUGUCCACUGCGAGCUCAGGCGAAAUCUUCGACAGCGGCGACGUGUCAGCUAAUGACUACAGUGAAGGAUCGGCCGAAAACGACACACUGCAGAGCGAAUUGGCUUCUGGACGUUCCCUCUCGCUCCCCAGGCACUUAUCUCGCUUCAUAGAAAACGUGGAGGACAACGAUGCGGGCGGCCAGGCCCAGGGACAGCAGCCAUCGCGGACGGCCUCGAUGGACAUGGAAGAUGUCACUGAAGAAGCGUUCGAGAACACAAUCGCCGAGGCUGCUUCAGCUGACCCUUUAUCUCAAUUUGCCGACGCCGAGGAGGAUCCUUUUGAAGUGGUCCCGGAGGCCAAAUCCGCCAACUCGGAGAGAAACUUGAGCGUCGCGGCCAAGUUGCUGUGCGCCGUCGAGACGCUGCAAAACGAUAGCGGAGGAUACCGCGGCCGCAGACAGCGCAGGGAAGGAAGCGCGGCUACAACCACCAUCGCGGAGAGGAUGGCGGCGGCAUCGUCGUGGAACAGGGCGCAGCGGGCCGCCACAGUGAGGGCGGGCGCCAAUGACAACGAGGACGACAAGACAGAGGACGAUGAAAGCGAGUUCACUUCGGAGGACGAGUCCUUCUGCACGGAGAUCAUCGUGCGGAUGAAGAACGCGAGGAACGCCGUUCACUUGGCGGCGCGCCAAGGCGGCGCGGCGACUGAAUCCAAGUUUGUUCCAGCAACAGAAGCGCAGGGCUUGCCAACUGAGCCCCCGGCGGCCAAAGUCAUCUCUGAACUCUUGAUGGAAAACGAGAGUGGUAACUCGGUGGUUUUAAAUUCUUCCGGUUUCGACAUCGGUCAUUCGUCGGAGAGUAUCGGUGCCCGCCAAGCCCCAGCGCUGAUCGACCUAACUAACAUGGCCGAGAGCGGCGAAGAGGCGUCCAAUGCGGACAAAACCGAACGGGACGUCACUGACGAAAUGCGUGCACCGUCGCUGGUCGAAACGGAAGGCGCUGGCGGAGCGUCAAAUAUGGCGGCCGGAGGUGUGGGCGGAGGAGCGAAGCCUAAAGGGACGCGUCCCUUCCAACACGCGAAGCGACGGCAACGACGGAACGUCGCCGUGAGUGCCCUGCGGUGCGUGCCGGGUCAGACUUCGCGAAGCACUGCGCGCGACGCCUUUGACGGCGGGCACGAGUCUGACGCGCUCACGCCUCGCAAGGAAGGCCAGCAUAAGGGGGGUGCGGUUGACGCCGCCGUCCAGGAUCCCCGCGCACGCGAGGGCGGUGUCCGAAGGGCUCUGCGCCGCAAGGCUGACUUCGAAGACGACUCCGAAACGGACGACGAACUCUCCGACUCGGAGGUCGAGAACCGGCUGCGUCGAGCGACUCAUUGGGCCAGAGUCCCCGAACGUAAUUCGCCGGACGUAGGCGAGGUCGAUCCCCCAGCGGACGUCGAGGAUGCAACGCUCUCGGAAGGCGGCCGCAGUGGGGAGGCCGCGGCGACGCCCAUGCAACUGAUUAAGCACUCCGCCGAGGACGGCGGCGCUUCGAAGGGAACCGGUGGUCCGACAGGCCGAGAACCUAAAUGCGGCCUAGAGGGCUCGUCCGCGGGAACUGCUCAAGGCGGCGGCGACGCGGUGCUGGAAGCGAACGGUCGAGGAGGCCUCGAAGAGGACGACCCUGAGACCAAGCUGACAUCGGGCGGCUUUGAAGAGGGCACCCAAGAUGGCGUCGGCGGCGCGCAACAGACUACGACUGCCGAACAAGGGGCGGCGCAGAGUUCACGUGCCGGCGGUGACUCGAGCGAGACGGGACGCCGCGACGCGGUCGAUACGAGACGCCCUUCUCGCCCUUCGCGCCGCGGUGAAGAAAUUGAAUGCGAGCCAAGUGACGGGCAGUAGUAGAGGCGGCGCCAUGGUGCUUACGCGCGGCCGCGUUUCCCCUGCUCGCAAGACGCGAGCGCAAACCGAGCUGCGUACACAUAUUCCUCGCGAUGGCGUCGAAGGCUAGGGACGAAAAAAAAAAAAAAUUCCUCGUGGCAAACAGGGUUUGGUGCGCCGCCUUUAUUCAUUUGGGCCAUCUGUAUACACGCGGCCAGCUCAAUCAUUUCUUUUUCUCCUUUAUUUAUCCCUCUUGCUUGUUCGGGCAUAAGGCACAGAACAGCCUUUUCAUUCCGUCCAAUUUGGGAUAUGGUGAUGUCCAUUCUCCGGCAAAGUUGGUUAUAUUUCCAAGUCCACUACAUUUCGGUGGGUUGCGUGCCGAGUCUGGCCAUCAAGCCGUUGCAGUUUUCUUUGGUUUUUGUUCGUUUGCUUGCGUUUCAAUAAAAAGAAAAAGCGCC